AGUUGUAUCUGCCACGCCCACACCAUGAUUCCCACGCAGCUGUUACUGUAAGUCGCGUUCAGUUUCCACAUUCAUCUAUUCACAAAUCUGCGGUGUUUACAGUAGGAGAGGCUCAUUUGCGCUCUCGGAUUGUUGACAGUAAUUUGCCUUCAUAGACGCGUCGGGUUGAUUCACCGCCUCUUGUCACUUUUCCACCAACUUGUUGCGCAGCUGCUAUUUCUAACCAGCUCUGGUCCGCUGCUGCAGAGAGCUGCUCGCCAGCACGCGCGCGCUGGUUGCCUCAUCGGGGAUAUUUGCUGGGAAGGAAAACAGAUGGAUGAAGCUGUGGCUGUCUCCAGGCCCUCUACUUCCACACGUUACGUUUUAUUGCGCAGACUAUAAGAACAUUUAUUUAUUUUUUAUGAAGUUCUGCAGCCUCCAGUGACAUUUCCAGUGCGUUUAAUAUGAACUCAGAGACAGGGGAUGCGAGUCAUGAGCUGGACGCGACCUUUCCACGGACUGGACUUUAGCCACAGCCUCUUCUACCUCACUUUACUCCUGUGGACCAGACGCAUGAGUGGACUGGCUGACUUUUCAAACUACCUGUCCAGGAUCAUCACCAGUCAUUCUGCUCAGGCGUGUGACGGAGAGCCUCUGCGACUCCACUGUCCACGUCACUCCUCCAUCUCCAUCCAGGCCGCCUUCUACGGGAGCGGCGCUGCGCGGCUGUGCGGAUCAGACCGGGACCCUCCACUCAGGGCCCUCAACCACAGCUGCUCAGCUUUUACUGCUCUACAGAAGCUGCUGUCGGAGUGUCAGAGCCAAAGAGAUUGCCAGCUGCCUGUCAACCACCUACUGUUUGGGCAGGACCCCUGUCCUGGCACCGCCAAAUACCUCCACGUGGACUACAAGUGUAAACCAACUGAACACAAAAGGCAUGUGGUGUGUGAGGGGGAGACGAUGAUCCUGCGCUGCAAGCCCCCCAAGGUUCUGAACAUCUAUGCAGCUGUCUAUGGGAGAAGUCUGGGCCAGCCGUACACCUGCCCCUCACACCUGACAAGACCACCCCCAUUCGAGUGUCUGAAUCACGAGGCUGUACACUCGGUGUCCAAGUCCUGCUACAGCAAACAGAAGUGUGCUGUUGCUGUCAGCAACCAGACCUUUAGAGACCCCUGCUUUCCAGGAACCAGGAAGUACCUCAGUGUGGUCUAUUCUUGUGUAGUACCACAGUCCUUACUAAGAGACAUAUUCAGCUCCACUUCCGCUCCUACUGUGGACACAGAAAAAGCAGCUCCUCGUGCAGAUCUGGAACAGUCUUUCCCCAAAGGCUCAAGAAGGCCUUCCAAUUCAGGAACCAUGAUGAGCAGCUCUCUCCUGACCUAUGCCUACAUCAAAGAGCAUCCAGAAAUGGCAGCGCUGCUGUUCACCUCCAGCGUGUGUGUUGGUCUAAUGCUCACACUGCUGGCUGUAUCAGUCCGAGUGACCUGCAGAGGGCGCCAGCCCGGAGAUGACAGGCUCACACCUGCCUCUCGUAGCCAGGCUGUCAACUGCCAGGAGGAGGACUGUGAGGAGGAUGACGAGGAGGAUGACGAAGAGGGAACAGAAAGCUCUUUAAUCUCAGCCGCCGAAAGGAAGGAGAUAUACGGCUGGGAGGAAGUGACUUAUGUGAGCGAGGCAGCAGAGCGGGCGGAGAGGAUUGAGCGCAGGGAGAUGAUCAUGCAGGAGAUAUGGAUGAAUGCCUAUCUGAAUGGCAGCUCAUGUUAAACUGUGACCCAUGUAUGCUGUUCAGUACCUUCAGGAUGUCUUCAGGAUUCUCUGCAGCAGCUCCCGGCCUUUUAUUAUAAGCAAAACAAGAAACCUUUUCUUCUUCGUCUUCUUCUCUUUUCUUUUUUUUUUUACAUUGUAAAGCAACGUCAGAGCUCAGUUUAUGAAGAAUGCAAUGUUUGGAUAAAACUGCAGUACUAGCCAUUUUUAAAGGAUCAACAGGGUUUAAUACUGUAUAAUGGGUGGUCACAUACAUUCUGUAAUUGUCUAAAUGUUGUAUUUAUUCACAUCCACCACUAAAUGAAGCCAGGAAUUGAACUGCCGAUGUUCCGAUUAGUAGACCCUUUUCUAUACCUCUUGAGCCACAGCCGCCACAGGAUUUUGAGUUGGAAGCUCAGUUUUAACUCAAGCAAACCAUUCCCACAGGUAGGAGAAAUUAUACAAACACAGCUAGAGAGAGACAGACAAGAAAAGAGGCUGAAUCUGGACUCAGAGCCUGGAUCAAGGUGUGGUUUUCUUAUGUAGAGGUUUGAUCACAGCAUCCAGGUAAAUCGGUGUAUUCAAGACAUUUUGUUUCAACAUCUCAAGACACUAAAACUAGAGUGUAGUCUAAGAAGUGUUAUCUUUCCUAACAAACAUAGGCACAUUACAAUGUUUUCCUAAAGUAUAAUUACAUUAGUGUUCCCUAAAAUUGUCAGCUGUUUAUUCAGUAGGCCUAAGGUGUGUGUUCGAAUCUCACCCACCAGAACUAAUCACUGGCUCUUUAAAGAGCCAUCUAAAUUGAAUGCAGAAAAAAGGUUUCAUUAUCUUUCAACCCAGCAGGAUGUUUUUCUUUUUCUUCACUGUUCCUUGAAACCGGCCAGUACGCCCCUCCUCUCUGAUUCACUGCAUUGACUCCGUCAACAGUUCCACAUCGUGGAAUUAAACUCUCUCACUUUGAACUCUACAACUUGCUCAAGCCUGCUGGGACAAGAGCUGGAACGACCAUCUGCUAUGUUGCAACUUCCUGCCUCAGAGCAGCACAGACCUCACGGAGAGGUGUGUGUGUGUGUGUAAAAGUAACUGGACACAAAGAGAGGAAAGGUGUGGCAUCCUUGUUCCUGCACCCUCACCGGUGUAAUCCUGUGUUCCUGAUGAAUCACAACCUCUGAGCAUUUUUUGAUUGUCAACACAUAAUACAAAAAUGUUUGACUAUUGUCUAUACACAGGAUGUAUUGGAAAUUAUUCUUUUACUCAAGAUUACAUUUCUUUUAAUUCAGUUUGCACAGCUUCAAUACAAAUGUAACUUUUACAACAGGUUGAAAACAUCUGGUAAAGAAAUACAGGAAUCAGAUUUAAG